AUGUCUGACGUUACCGUGCAAUUGACUGCCCCCAAUGGGCGCACUUAUGCCCAGCCUAUUGGUCUCUUCAUUAACAAUGAAUUUGUGGCAUCCAAGUCAGGCGAGAAGAUCGCUUCCAUUAACCCUUCUAACGAGACCGAGAUCGCUUCCGUUUAUGCCGCUGGUGAGGAGGAUGUUGAUAUUGCUGUCAAGGCUGCACGCAAGGCCCUGAAGGACCCGUCCUGGAAGGGACUGUCUGCUACAGAGCGUGGUGAAUUGAUGAUGAAGUUCGCCGACUUGAUUGAGCAGCACCGGGAGACCCUCGCCACUAUUGAGACCUGGGAUAACGGCAAACCUUACUCUGUGUCUUUGAACGAUGAUCUUGGUGAGGUCCUUUCCUCCCUUCGCUACUAUGCCGGCUGGGCCGAUAAGGUCACCGGUCAGACCAUCCCCACCACCCCUCAAAAGUUCGCCUACACCCUACGCCAACCCAUCGGUGUUGUGGGCCAGAUUAUCCCCUGGAACUUCCCUCUGGCCAUGGCCGCGUGGAAGCUGGGCCCUGCCCUUGCUUGUGGUAACACCAUUGUUAUGAAGGCUGCCGAGCAGACCCCUCUCAGUAUUCUCUACCUGGCUGGUCUGGUCAAGGAGGCUGGUUUCCCUCCUGGUGUCAUUAACAUCAUUAACGGCCAUGGUCGUGUGGCCGGUGCUGCGUUGGUGAAGCACACUGACGUUGAUAAGGUGGCUUUCACCGGAUCAACCGCUACUGGUCGUGAGAUCAUGAAGAUGGCUGCUGGCACCCUCAAGAACAUUACUCUGGAGACCGGUGGCAAGUCCCCACUGAUUGUGUUUGAGGACGCAGAUCUCGAGCAGGCCGCUAAGUGGGCACACAUCGGUAUCAUGUAUAACCAGGGCCAGGUCUGCACUUCCACCUCCCGUAUCUUGGUCCACGACUCUGUGUACGAGAAGUUCAUCUCCCUCUUUAAGGAGGCCACAGCCUCCACCAGCAAGGUCGGCGACCCAUUCGCCGACGAGACCUUCCAAGGUCCUCAAGUCACCAAGGCCCAGUAUGACCGUGUGCUGUCCUACAUCGAGGCAGGCAAGGCCGAGGGUGCUACCCUCGCCGCUGGCGGCGAGCCUUAUAAGAAUGUUGGUGAUGGCCGUGGCUUCUACAUUGCCCCGACCAUCUUCACCAACGUAACUGAUAACAUGCGCAUCUACCGCGAGGAGGUGUUCGGUCCCUUCGUCGUGAUCUCCAGCUUCGUCACCGAAGAGGAGGCCAUCACUCGCGCCAACGAUACCACCUACGGUCUCGGCGCUGCUCUGUUCACCAAGGACAUUGAGCGUGCCCACCGCACUGCCUCCGAGAUUGAGGCCGGUAUGGUUUGGAUCAACAGCAGCAAUGACAGUGACUUCCGCGUGCCAUUCGGUGGUGCCAAGCAGAGUGGCAUUGGUCGUGAGCUUGGCGAGGCUGGUCUUGAGGCUUACUCACAGGUCAAGGCUGUUCAUGUUAACAUGGGCUGCCGGCUGUAA